CUCGUUCCAGAAAAUUCAGUAACAGAGUUUGUGAUGAAACCUUUCUCGAACUUACAGUAUGCUGUAACAGCGUCAAGAUUAGCAAAUGCUGUGAUAAAUAGAAGGGAACUUCAUAAAUCUAUACCUCCAGCUCCUACCUGGAAACUUCAUGAUAAAUCAAAGUUUCCUCAAGUAAAAGAAAUAACAAAGAAGCAAGUAGAUCAGUUAGAAAGAUUAGGAUUAGUUGAAUUGAAUAAUGAAGAAGGAAUAAAAAGUUUAUCAGAAGCCAUUGAAUCAGCUAACGGUCUAUAUGUGGUAGAAACGUCAACUGUUAAACCACUGGAUACAGUUCUUGAAACUAUGCCAUUAUAUCUAAGAGUUGAUGAAAUGAAUGAUGGAAAUUGUAAAAAAGAUGUGUUAAAAAAUGCAGCCAAAGUAGAAGAAGAUUAUUUUGUUGCACCACCAGGUAAUAUACCAUUGAAAUCCACUGAUAAAGGAUAAAGUUGUUUGAAGUCUAGAGAACGAACUUAAUGUCAAAAAAGCAAUUUUCCAUUUGGAUCAUGCAAGAAGCUUGAAAAUAUGUGGCAGUUUUGUUCUAAAAUUCACAACAAACAUUCUCCAAGGAUUAAAAUUUACAAGGAUCUAUACUGGUUUGUGGCUAACAUUGAAACUGUUAAUUCCACUGUAAAAGAAGUAUUGUGUUCCAAUUUUCAGCAUCCAUUGGGCCAAUAAAAACAUUGGCCUGGGAAAAAAUUCCUGAAGAGCUUUGUUUUUGACAAUUCUAAUAUCAUUGUGUAUUGUCACAAUUGCUAGUGAAGCAGUAAAACUAAGAAUUUUACAAUCUUCAUUAUUAUUAUAUUUAUAUAGAAUACCUGCUAGAUGUGGAUUUUGAAUAAACCUUUUUUUAUUGGAAAGAUCAGGCUCCUAGAAAUUAUAUAUUUCUUUUUAAAUUACAGAAUUAUUUCCCUUUCAAAAUCAUAACCUUUGCAAUAGUUUGGGGUUCCAGAGUGAUAAUGAUUUUUUUUCGCCACUGCAAUUGUUUGGAGUCCCAUAGUGAUAAUGAUCUUUUCUCACCCUUGCAGUAGUCUCAUAGUGAUUGCCUUUGUAUUUGCAUAAAUAACCUUAUCCAUUAGCAAACAGAAGAUCACUUUAAGUUAUAAGUUAAUUUUACGUCUAUAAACAGAUCGCAUUUGACCUUUUUCAGUUCCGAGAAGGGUUCUUUUCAUAGGAAAUUUCGAGGGAAGCAUGUUUAUUUCAAAUACAAAAUGAUCAACCCUUCUAUAGGAUAAUAGUGAAAAAUUCAAUAAAGAAUUUGUUGUUAGUGUAG